GACCUGCAGUGCAGGAGAAGAAAAGGGAUGUUUCAUAUUUAAGGUGGAAAGGAAGCGUGCACACUUAGGACAUGAGGAGAGGGACAGCUCUUGCAGUGUUGGUGCUGGCACUUUUUUCAUCUGCUACAGCAAAGCCCAAACGUCGCUUCACCCGAUAUCCAUCAUGGAUACGAAAAUGUAUCCAGUCUGGAAAGAUGAAGGUCCUCGGUACAAAGACUCUUGGAAAGGUGGCAAGGUGAAGUUCAUUGUGGGUAAUGAUGCACCGACCCUGACUGGAGCCAAUGUGACCUUUACCAUCGAGCUGCAGUUCCCACACAACCAGAAGGUCACGCCCGAUGGAGAGGUGGUGUGGGCUGAGAACUGCACCGUCAAUGGAACAAAUUUCCAUCAGUCUGAGCCAGUGUAUCCUGCACAAAACAUGGACUGGAAUGAUGUCUUUCCUGACGGAACACCCUUCAAGAAGGGCGGUGACAAGCCCCCUGCAUAUGUGUUUGUAUGGAAGACAUGGGGUCAGUACUGGCAGGUGUCUGAUGGCCCAUCCUCCUCCCUCACCAUUGGGACAGACGAUGUCCCUCUGGGUUCCUACAUCGUGGACAUUGUAAUCUACCACUACCGCAGCCAUGAGAAGUUCAUCCCUCUGGGAUACGCCUCAAUACAGUUCUCCAUCACUGAUCAAAUCCCAUUCUCAGUCUCAAUGACCCAAGUGAACGACAUCAAUGAGGCAGACCUGAGCUUCGUCCAGAACAGAGCCAUAGCCUUCACCAUCAGCCUCCACGACCCCAGCGAGUACCUGAGUGACGCCGACAUCACCUACAACUGGGACUUUGGUGACAGCAGCGGGGCGCUCAUCUCCAGAGAGCUGACUGUCACCCACACCUAUGUAGUGGCUGGUGGCUUCAAGCCCCAGGUGGUCGUACAGGCCGUUAUCCCUGAUAAAGCAUGUGCCACACCAGCUGGUGUCAACCCCACUGGUAAUGCUGUCACCAUCGGGCCUGUAAACCCAGCCGGCACAACAGUGAGAGCUCCUGCUACUGAUGCGUCAGCUGCUCCAGUGAUGGUGGCCACACAGGAAGCUACAAUAAAUGUAGGCCCAUCAGCUCCCGCUGAGACUGACACAGAGGACAUGACUGAGGAGGGAGCCUCCACCACUCGGGACACGAAGAUACCUCCUCAAGUUUAUCCUGACACUCCAACUGUCCCUGCUGCUGAGGAAUUAGAGCCAGCAGGACAGACUGCUACAGGCCAAGCUCCCGUGGGGAUAGUUGUUAAGCGUGAAGCCAAUGACAAACCCAAGGAUGAUGACUGUGUGAUCUAUCGCUAUGGGUCCUUCUGCACUGGCAUUGACAUCGUUGAGGGCAUUGAGAGUUUGAAGAUAAUGCUGAAUGCUGUGGACAAUGCUGUGAUCAAGAUGGAUGAAUCUGAGGUUGAACGAAACGUAGUGGAUCUAACUGUCACCUGCCAAGGGAGCCUUCCCACAGAGGUGUGCACGGUGGUGUCCGAUGCAGACUGUUUUAUGCCCAUCCACACCAUGUGUAACACAGUGGCCCCCUCUAAUGAGUGCCAGCUGGUACUGCGUCACUUUUUCAAUGACUCCGGCAUCUUCUGUAUCAACGUGUCCAUGACCAACAAUGUCAGUCUGGCAGUCACCAGCGCCAAAUAUACUAUGACCGUGGGUAUGUACCGUAAGAUGUCUGCUCUGCACAUCUGCCUCGCCACGUCUUGAAUCUGGGUCCCUGGGACAAUCAGUCCAACACCUUCAGUCCAACACCUAUUGUUAUUGGAAAUAAUAUAAUUAAUAUAUUGUAAUAUGAUGUUAUAUUAAGUUGUUUUACAUAAAUUAUUGUUUGGGUUUUUUGGUGGCAGGUUCCAGUCUGUCCUCAGCUGGCACUGAGCAGUGGGCUGUUCUCUAUAAGGUCCCAUCGACUCAGAAGGUUCCAGAACAGUAGAGGCCCAGAGCUCCAACCAGUAAGUGUAGG